AUGGAAAAGAGCUGCCUGAAAUGUAAACUCUCUUUAUCUUUAGAAAAUUUCAGGAUCAAGCGUCGCUGUCAAGGGACAAAAAUAUGCAUCAAGUGCCUCGAUGCUAGAAAGGCAUCAAAGGAGAGUACAAAAUGCCACCAUGAAAAAAGGAGAUCCCAAUGUAAAGAAUGUAGGGGUGGAGGCAUAUGCCAUCAUCAAAGGUUGAGGUCCUCCUGUAAAGAGUGCAAAGGCAGCCAGAUUUGCCUCCAUCAAAGGGUAAGGGCCUAUUGCAAAGACUGCAAGGGAAGUCAGUAUUGCCACCAUGAAAAGCAGAGACGAUAUUGCCCCAUUUGCGACCCCCAGCUAUCUAGCUCAUAA